UCUUCCUCCCGUCCCGUCUACACUGAAUCGAGUAGUGGUGGCGGAAUAUUUUUCUUUUCCACGCGCUGCUACGCCCACCCGCGCCAAUCCACCCGAGCUCACGCGCUGCUGCUGCUGCUGCUGCGAGUGGAGUUGUCCUCAAGGAAGGCGGGCGCUCCUCCAAUGGUGGCGGACUCCUCAAGGCUCAGGAGAUGAUACGGUACCAGGUGCGGAACGAGUACGGGCUGGCGGAUCCGGCGCUGUACGCGCCGGAGGGGGAGGAGGAUGACCCGGAGGCGCUGCUCGAGGGCGUCGCCAUGGCCGGCCUCGUCGGCCUGCUCCGCCAGCUCGGGGAUCUCGCCGAGUUCGCCGCAGAAAUAUUUCAUGACCUGCAUGAAGAUGUGAUGGCCACUGCUUCUAGAGGGCAUGGUUUGAUGCUUAGAUUGCAGCAGCUAGAGGCAGAAUUUCCUGCAGUUGAGAAGGCAAUCAUAGCACAGACUGACCAUUCAACUUACCUACAUGAUGAUGGUGUUGAGUGGCAUCCAAAUCUGCAGCUUAAUCAGAAUUUGAUCACGAUAGGAGAUAUGCCUCGUUUCAUUUUGGAUUCAUAUGAAGAAUGUCGUGGCCCACCACAUUUAUUCACGUUGGAUAAGUUUGAUGUUGCUGGUGCUGGGGCCUCCUUAAAACGAUAUUCAGACCCAUCUUUCUUUAAGAUGGGACAGACCUCCAACAUGAUUGAGCCGGAUUACUUAAGAGAGAAGAAGCCCCGUAGGAUAAAGAAAAAGGCUAUGCGAAGGAAAGGGGAAACACUCGAAUCAUUGCUUAUUGCGAACUCUGAGUCUCAAAUUACGUCAUCAAAGGAUCGAUCUUCUAGAAAAGUUCCACCAAGGACAACAAAACUGAAAUCCAGGCAUUUACGGGAUUCUUACAAUAAAACUAUAAGCAGAAUCUGCAGGGAACAAUUGCAAGAAGUAAUUUCAUCACAACAGAAGAUCUUGUCAAAUUAUUCUGCAAGGAACUUCCAUGCAAAAUUUAGGUCAACUGACUCAAGUGAAAUAAUAUCUUCAUUUGGAGAAUUAGACAAUUUCAGUGCCCCUGCUCAGUCUUUUACUAAACAUGAACUGACGAAGGUUGUCCCAGUAGACGAAUCUGAUACUUUGGUGACUGCAUCUGCACCCAUUAAUGGGCCGAUUCAUCUUGAGGUAGAUGAUGGUCAAUUUCUGGCAACACAACAGGAACAUUUCGAAAUGGAACAGAUCUGCAAGGGAUCUCCAUUGCAGUCAGUGCAGGAAGAGAAACUUCAAUUGGCUGUAGUUCCUGUUUACCAUGACGAUGAUCCCUGCAGGCCUGAUGAUAUUGGUAGUGAUCAAGACAAGUUUAUUGACACCCUUAAUACAGAAUCAGAAGGUGAAGCCGAUCAUAGCAUGAAAAGUCAAAAGAAUCUCAGUGCCGAAAUGGAAGUGGAUAAUUUGAACUGUGAUGGCAAGGAAGCUGAAAGUGUGCUGGAUGUACAGUAUUCAGAACUAGGUCCUGCGGAAGACCUGUCAUCAGGGUUGAGCAAUCCAUGCAAUGACACAGAACCAACCCGUGCAGACUCAUUUCUGCUAAGUGACUCUUCUCCUUCUGCAGUGUCAGACACAAAAGAUACAAACUCUGAUUCAGAUUCUUGCAAACAAUUGAGUGGUGAUAAUUGGAUCAACGACAAAGAAUCUUGUAACGAUGUUGAUCUAAUGGAUGUCAGCUCAUCAUCCAGUGUGACCUCUGAUGACAAUGGUAACUUUGAAACUGACACUAAUCUCAAUGGCUGUGUACAAAACCAGGAGGUGUCUUUUCUCCCUUCGAACGAUUAUCAUGCUGGUGCUAUCCCUAGUUCUGAAAAACAGUUAUCCCAGACAUCUAGUGGCUUGGAUGGUUUGGCUAGCAUUAGCAGUGAUUACCACGAAAUAGCAUAUCGCUCAGCGGAGGAUGGCCAAAAUAAUGUGGUAGAUACUUCUACGAUAUCUGGACAACCCAAUGAUGUUUCACAUGCUGGUGGAGAAGUUGAAGUUUCACAUGCUGAUGAUUUGUUACUUCAGAGUAGCACACACAAUCAAGAACAAAUACAGUUGUCCAAGGAACCGUUUGAAGAAUGCACAUCUCUAGCUGCAGUUGUCCAAGAAACAGAUACCAAAGUUGCAUCACUGCCAGACAUGGAUCCUGUUGUGCACAUGAAUGACUUGGAGUUCAACAAUGUUGCGCUUCCUGCAGAAAUUGAUACAAGUACAAUACCAACUAGUUUGGAUCCUGAUGUUACCCACAAGCAUUCUGACAAGCUUGAUUCAGGAGUUAUACCUAUUCAUUCAAUCACAUCGGAUAAUCCAUCGUAUGAAUCAGAUCACGGUGAACUGGUUGAAGAAUUACACUGUUUACCAGAUGAAGAUCUAUAUAAGCAUAUCACAGAGGAUCAAGAAAUAGCUGCACUGGAAAAAGGGCCCUGUUCAGUUAGGCUCGACACACACAAAGAAGAUUCUAUGCAGGCGUCUGUUGUGCCCAUGCACUUCUCUAGUAUUCAGGUGAUCCCAGGACUUGCUGAAUCUGUACCUACUUUUCAAGAUGACACAGAAGCUCAUACAAGCGAGAUGCUGGAACAAUCUCCACGAGUAUUGAAUGAUGAUACAAAAUCAUCGUUGAUUGAUGUCCCAUCAGCUUCUAGUACUGCCCCUAUACUUGAUACCAUCAAGUCCUGCAUGGAAUACCAUGAAUCCAUUGAAACGGUAAAAAAUGUGGAGCACAGUGAAGUUCUGGUUGAUGCUGAGGUUGUAGAAGAAUCGACUACCAGCAGGUUGGAUGAUGACAUGAUACCUUCUGAAGAGGAGCAUACUGAUGGGGCCAAACAUACCGAGAAAGCAGAGGUUCUGCCUACAAAUUCUAGUCAUGAUAUACCAUUGCAAUCCAGUCCUUUCAGGGAAGACAUUGAAGCAGUUGAAGCUACCUGUGAAAACCUUGGAUCACUAGAAGAGUCAAGAGGACAUAUCUUUAGAGAAAGUAUGCUGCAGACAGCCAAUCUUCCACAGCCUAUUGAAAUAGAAACGUCAGGCGGAACACUGGGUGGCAGUGAUGAUAUUCUAUAUGUUACACCAUCACAUUUUCCAGAAGAUUCUUGUCAAGAGGAAUUACCAGAAGAAACCACUCUAAUUGCUGAAGAAGUUCCAUGUCAGAGUGAUUUGGACAAGGAUGUUACAGUAAGCCCGAACAGUAACAUGGUGUGGGAGCAACUAUCAGAUGUCGAUCAAGACUUGGUGAGGGAGUUAUCUGCUCAAGAUUCUUUUGGCACAAACCCAUUCGUCGAUCCUGGGUACAUGGUGAGCUCUACUGAUCCUUUGCCCAGUAUGAGCUAUCAACCAUGUUGCUCUGAAGAAGAAGAUGAUUUUCUCUCAGAACUUCUAAUCCAGCAGUGUAACAUUCAAGCAAAAGAGAACCUGUAUCCACUUGAUGAUUCUCUUUGGGAACCUGCAACUCCACCUGAUGAAGCACCAUUACCGUCAGAAGUCAUGACUGAACAGGACUUCAGAUCCUUGUGCCAUGAAUACCAUGAGAUUGAUUUUACUGCUGCCACAGAAGGCUUUGAUUAUAAACCAUCCUCAGAUUCUAACGAUAUAGCAAAUGAUUGUGUGGUCAGUGUAUUGGAUUCCCCUAGUUCUGUCUCUGUGCUGUCAGCGGAAUUAGACCAGGAAGUGGUUUGUUCUAAGCCGGAUUCUCAACUUGCUGAAUGUUCAUCUGCCAGGGAUAUAACAGGCGAGACAAUCGUGCCCUUAUCCGCCAUGAAAGUUCCUGAUGGUGAGAAACAGGCAGUGGAUUCUGACUUGAGAUCUCAUGAGUCUUUCAGCGAUGAGAAAAAUCUUGAACUGGAUAUCUUUUCCAUUCCAGUGAAAUCAGAGCAGGAACAACGUCCCUUGCCUGAGGUUGUUCCAGUGAAGGAAGAGCAGGACCCCUGUGCUAACCUUCCUCCACAUGCUUUUAUAAAUGAAAAGGUAGGUGAAUUGGAUGUUCACUCGAGUAACUCGCCAGUGGAACCGUUGGUAGGAGCAUGUGGCUUGGAUGAACUGGAUGUCCUUCCUUUAAGGAAACCUAUUCCAACUCAGGAAUCAGACUCACGUGUCUUAGAUGGACCUAACUCUCAAAGUGUUCCAUCUUCCUCAACGGAUAAGACGGUUGACGAUCUAGAUGUCCCUCCUCUGAGGAUUGCUCUUGAAGCUGAGGAGUCAGAAGAUCAGUUUACAGGUGAAAAUGAUUCUCAGAUUGCUACAUCUUACGUUUGUGAGAAGAUUGAAGAACCUGCUGCCCCUCCAAGCAAUGCUGUUCUUGUUGAAAAGGAGGCAGAAGUUUGUGCUCCAAGUGAACUUGAUUCUCAAAUUGCUUCAUGUUCUUUGCCUAACAAGAAAAUAGACGAACUAGAUUGUCCUCCUUUGAUUGGUUCUGCAUUGAUAGAAGAUGAGUCGGAAGAUCAUAUCUCUGGUGUUCCUGAUUCUCAAAUUGCUCCAUAUUCUUCAGUAAAUGAUAAGAUUGUUGGACCAUGUGCUUCUACAUCAGUAAAUGAUACAGAGGCAGGGUGGGAAACUUGUCCGUCUCCUGAAUUGGAUCCUCAGUUUGCUCCAUGUCCCUUGAGUGAUUACAAUGUUAGUAGACUAGACGGGACUCCAUCAUGCAAUGUCCAAGUGGAAGCACAUAAUGGACCCUAUUACUCACCUGAAUUUGAUACCCGAAUUGCUCCAUAUUCUUCAGUAAAUGAUAAGAUUGACGUACCAGGUGCUGCUACAUCAGUACAUGAUAUGGAGGUAGAGCAAGGGUGGGAAGCAUGCGCAUCCCCAGAAUUGGAUUCUCAAAUUGCUACGUGCCCGGCGAGUGAGGACAGGGUUGGUCAACUGGAUGGAUCUUCGUCAUGCAAUGCCCAAGUGGAAGCAGCCCAAAUUGCUCCAUAUUCUUCAGUAAAUGAUAGGAUUGAUGUACCAGGUGCUUCCACAUCAAUACAUGAUAUGGAGGUAGAGCAAGGGUGGGAAGCAUGUGCAUCCCCUGAAUUGGAUUCUCAAAUUGCUCCGUGCCCCAUGAGUGAGGACAGGGUUGGUGAACUAGAUGGAUCUUCGUCAUGCAAUGUCCAAGUGGAAGCAGAGAAUGCAUCCUAUUGCUCACCUGAAUCUGAUUCCCAAAUUGCACCGGGUUCUUUGAAUUCUAGCGCGCUAGCUGAGAGAUCAACAGUGGCUUCUACUUCUGUCAUGCAUAGUACCAAGGAAAUUGAUCGGGUUUUUCCUGUUCCACCACACCCUGAACCGUUUCAAAGUGUGUGCAGUGAAGAUCCUCAGAAGCUACCCCCUCUUCCUCCUCUUCAGUGGAGGCUUGGAAGGCCUCGUUUGGGACUUCUGAGUAAAAAAGACCGUGUGCCUGAGCCUGCAAGCAGAACAACUUCCAUUUUGCCUGUAUCGAGUCAAGAUAUGGAUAAUGGCCUGGUUUCACUUGACAGAAUGGCAGAACCAAUAGCGUCAGUUUCCUCUCAAGAUAUCAAAGAGAGGUAUGUGAAUUCUGUGGUGGACAAUAAUGAUCAAAGGGUAGAAUCUGGAUUGCCAGGGGAACAUGACAGGCCAUUUUCAGAGGCUUGUGGGAAUAUCAAGCAUCAGGGGCAUAUCACUUCAUCACCAUCGGAGGCUGAAGAACAUCUGAAUGACAGUGGGGCCACUGCACAUGUAAUUAACCAGCAAGAUCGUCAACAGCACCUCUUGUGUUCAGAUAUUUCAGACAUCGCUGAGCAUCUCAGUUCUACAGAUCCAGCUGCAUCUGAGGAUGACAAAACGGUGGAUGAUCACAAUGCUGCACGUAACGUGCAGUUCCACAAAGUGAGCUCUUCAACACCAGGGCAUGUUUCCGAAAAUGGUAGUUGCCAGCAAUCUCAGCACGGUGAAUCAUUAUCAGGGACUCCAGACAAUGAGGAGCAUAGUUCAAAUGCAUCAGAUGAGGAGAAGAAUCUGAAAGACCAGUCAAUCACAAGAGGAUUACCUUUAGACACAACUGCAUCAGGCUCAGUGUUAGAAGAAGGCAAUAGCCAGGAGAGUAAGUUACCGGAACAAGAUGCGGAUAACCUCAAGGGUGGUCUGUCUGAAGGCCAGUCACAUACUGCAGAAUCAAUGGUAUCUGAAGAUUAUCCCCAUGGUGAUCAUAAUUUGGACACAGAGAGUAUACUUCAGCCAAACCCGUCGUGGCCUAGCAAUAUAAGUAAAUAUCUUGGUGACCUUGAUGAAGGCGGCUAUGCACACGCUGAGCAGCCACCAGUGAUGGGAUGGACUGUUGGACCUCAGAUGCUUCAUCCUAAUUAUGGAAUAUCAACGGAAGGGAGCAGAUUUGAACCAGAGGUCACAGAUUAUCGGUUGACCAGAAAGCCAGUUUCAGUGAGAAACAUCCCAAGAAAUCCACUGGUUGAUGCUGUUGCUGCUCAUGAUAGAAGCACGAUGCGCAAGGUUUCAGAACUUGCUCCCCCCACAGAUAAGCCCAAUACCGAUGAUAAAAACAUGUGGCUUGAGCAGAUAAGGAAAAAGGUUGGAGAACUUGCCCCCACCGCAGAUAAGCCAAAUACUAAUGAUAAAAACUUGUGGCUUGAGCAGAUAAGGAACAAGACCUUUGACCUGAAACCAGUGGGUUCUGCUAUACCAACAUCCAUGAGAGCCCCUGCUAGGGCCUCUAGUGGAAACCUGAGAGUUGCUGCAAUAAUAGAGAAAGCAAAUGCCAUACGCCAGGCGGUGGGAAGUGAUGACGAAGACGACGAUAAUUGGAGUGACACAUAGAGCACCCAUUAUUUUGCCCUCCUGCUGUUUUUUCCUUGGCAGAAAGGUGCCAAACCAGCAAGAUCUUGGACAGGGUGCACAGCCAUGCCAUCUUAUGGUCCUAACAUUCUUAGGUCUUGUCUCUUGUAUAUAUAGUAUAGGGAAAUGCCAAUAUGUUUAUCUCUUUUUGCCAUUCUUCUCUCCAUUCUUUUUGGCCUCACUGUGUGUAUACUUGCCUCCCCGGGCAGCAAAAGGCUGUUGAAGGUAGGCAUGUUCUUAGGAGACCAAUUUGUUCAGGUCUGUUGUAAAUCGUUAACCUCUCUUAACCUUUGUUUGCAUUAUAGAUUUGUACUCCCUCCAUUCCAAAAUACUUGUCGUGGUAUGAAUACUCAGUAUUUUGGAAUGUUGGGAGUGGUAGGUUUAUCUUGAAAUGUGAAAUGGGUUAGUGUGCUGUGAUCA